GCAGGACAGAUAUACCACAGGAGGUUGGGAUGGAGGCAGGGCGCUCGCGGAACGUGCCACCAGAAUCAGAUGUCCGCGAGGUUAAUGUGCAGUUCGACGACCUCACGAGAACAGUGCGUUUGAUGGACGAGCUUGCCACCAAAAGUUUAUUCUGCAGAAAAACGGCAAAGACCAUUGAAAUAUAAUUUUGGAAUCACACAAAUUUUGCCGUCUCAUAUUGGACCUACAAUAGCUGGGUGUCUUGGAAGCCUCACAGUGAAAUCCUCUCCACAUUGGCUGGGGGAUGGACCAGAAGAGAAGUAUGUCUCACAAUAGAGCACCUUUUCAACCUGGCUCUCCCAUGAAUAGUCUGGAUCCAAAUAGCAGUUCCGUGGUCAAAGCCGAAGAGAACAGGAGAGAAAUUAUAAGAAGAUCCUAAAGACGAGUGGUAGUGACCUCUUCUGCCAGGCUGCAUAAUGUCCGAGCAGUGACAGCAGAACUGGGAAAAUUAACUCCUGAGAGGAAUUAGUUCCCUCGCACUUUACGCACGUAUUGACCUCUAAGAUCUAUUUUAUUUUCAAAUGAAAUCUCCUCAUCCUGCUUGAUCUGGUUUUUUGUUAGCAGUACAGGGCCGCCCGUAACCUCAGGGAGACCAGAUCAAUAUCAUCAUUAAUAGAGGGAGCUGAAUCUCGCAUAUCUAGCAAGUCAUUUCCUCAGUCUGAUCCUGGACAGUCGUUAGCUAGCUGGGUAAAUACUCAGAGGCUUGGAAUACUGUACAUUUCUUCCACAUCUAUAAUAGAUGUGUAUAUCCCCAGGACAUUAUUGUGACCAUUACAUCACUGCUGUCUAUGUUCCCCGGUGUCUCUAAACUUGACUGAGGUGGACACACACAGCGGCCACUGUGCAGUUCUGUCAGUAGGUUGUGUGUGUGUGUGUGUGUGUGUGUGCGUGUGUGUGUGUGUGUGUGUGUGUGUGUGUGUGUGUGUGUGUGUGUGUGUGUGUUAGGUUAGCAGGCCUUGAGUGUACACGUUGUGGUUGAGCAGGCCAGCAGAAUCUGGGACAGAACUGUGAGAGCAAAGAGUAGUCCCGCACUGUGAGGUAGAGAGGAAUCAGACUUCACACUGUGAGGUAGAGAGGAAUCAGACUUCACUAGGACCUGGAAGACUUCACUGUGGAUGUUCAGCAAGGUCAUCCACAGUGUUUACAUCAAACGUCUGUCAGCUUCCAAGUACUGUAUCAGCAAAGCACCUUUAACACACACAAACACAUAUAUACAUGCAUACAUACAUAUACACACACACACACACACACACACAUAGACUGAAAUCUUCUGUCAUGUCUGAACAAAGUGUAUGAGGUGUGUGUGAGUUAGUUGCCUGUUUGUGAGGCUUGAGCCCUACAGCAGGCUGCCUCUCCUCUCCUCUCAUCUCAUCACGUGGACCUCCUCCUCAGUAGGGUAGCUAAUUUUACGCCAAGGCAGCAGUACCCUCAUCCCUGGGAACUGUUGACACACUUAACUGAUGUUUCAUCCGGCGAGGCACAUGAAUCCCUCUUUAAAGACUGACAGUGUUUUCUGGAGAACGGGAGAAGGGUUUCCCUGAGAGAGAGGACUCUGUUAGGAAGGCAGGUCCUUAAGAGACAGAGAGAGAGAAAGAGAGAGAGAAAGAAAGAGAGACAGAGAGAGAGAGAGAGAGGACACUCACAACCCAACAUGCCUGCAGGUCUGUGAAAGGAUGCCGCUGGUCUUUCUGGGACGUGGUCAGCCUGCGUCGUGCAAGUGAGUUUGUCAGAAUGGACCUCUCCAGCAACACUCAGACACUUUAAACUCGUGAUGACAGAGUGAGUAUUCGCAGUGGGAACACAGCCCCACUUUUAAAGCACAAAUAAGUAAGUUUUUCACUUUUGACAUUUUGGACACUUCGUCUUCAUAACAGGAUAUUUAUUUGUAUUAUGCAAACAUGUGUCUAAGACAUGGAUCUGAUUUUUAAUGAAAGUUUUUUCCUGAAGCAAUAUUCUUCAGCUCUUUACCUGUGAUUGUCUUUGUCAUCUAUCUUUUGGGUUGUCAUACAAACAGCAAGAGGAGCUUUUUGGAUCUUGGACAGAGAGAUAAGUUGCACAGGCAUGCUGUUGUCUGAACUGUUGCAUGAUUAAGAACUGUUCCUCCCUCUCCUCGUUCCGUGUCGAUAUUCAGGCAGUCACGUCCUGUACUGUGUAAAGCUCUACUUUCCUGGGGCUGACGCCCAUUGUGAUUGCCUUCCUUUGUGCUUUUAGCUGAAAGCUCAAGCCUGAUCCCUUACCCUAUCUCUUCUUUGCCUCUGUCUGGUUGUAGCUUCAGUUUAGCCUUUUAGUACCUUUUAUUUUUCCCCACCACCACCUUACACACACACACACACACACACACACACACACACACACACACACACACACACACACUGACAUUCACUUUACUCCCAUACAUCAUAAAUCCCAUCCAUCAGAGAGGAGCUCAGACAGUAGGACGUGCCUGUGGAGAGUUUGCUUCCCGUUGCCCAGAGACACAAUGGAGGCUGAGUUGGAGCCCCCUCUCUGGGUCCUGUAGGGCUGUGGUGUGUGUGCCAGCGCUUCCCUUCCAAUCCAGAGGACAACGCAGGCAAACGCAGAUCACAGCGGAGUAGUGGUGGUGACCACACACCACGAGAGACAGGACGAGCCUUUUUUUUUUUCUCUUCCCCACCUGUCAAACUUGGAGUACCUGUGAGUUUCGUUUGUUUGAGAAAUCUACAACUUGUGUUCAGUUGGAGAGUGUUACGAGGCCAGAGGAGUAGACUGAGGAAUACAGCUGACGCACACACACACACACACACACACACACACACACACACACACACACACACACACAGAGAGAGAGUCUUGCCCUCCCUCGCUCUCCCAGCCCACCCUGUUGAGUCCAGACAGGACAGAUUGGGGCUGACCCAGACAGGGGCGGCUGAUUCUGCCAGGUACCUGACCUGAACAACCUGGCCGUGGCCCUGACCGAGUCCCAGAUUGCACGUCGUCGGCAGCGGUGGUACCAGAGGAUUUUGGAUUUGUGAGUGAUCCCGCUGUGCAGCUUUGGCCGGGACUCUGAUUAAAAAACACUGGUUCUGAAGAUGCUCGGCCUGAGACUCAGACAGCGGCCAGAUAAAGACUCUGGGCUGUGACAGCUUUCUGGGGAUAUUUCUCAAAUAAACAACACACCGAGUUUUUUUCUUCUUACGAUGACUGGGUGAUUUCUGGGAUUCAUCUAUCAGGAUUUAACUGAUUGGUUGGAUGACCUUUUUUUUCAAGAAUUUUCCUCAGGAAGGGAAGCAGACUUUUUCUCUUAUUUUGUGUUACACGUCCUCUACAGGCACAGAUCCGUCUUUACUUUAGUAUUGGAACAUAUAAGAAACACUCAUAAAAUUCACACACACACACACACACACACACACACACACACACACACACAGACAUGGGGGCUGCCCGUGUGAAGAGGCGCUUUAGCGCGGUGGUGGACAGCUCUGUGGACGAGGAGGAGAUCAUGAAGCUGGCCCAGAGUGUGGCCGACGACACGGCCGGGGCUGGGGGGAGCUCGGGGUUAUCGUCCCCUCUCUCCGACGCCUCCCCCCCCACCCGCAACGGCAAGGCACUCAUGUUGCACGGCAACGAAGGAGGAGGAGGAGGAGGAGGAGGAGAGCCGGACGGCAGCUGCCAAGGGAGGGAGGAAGAGGACGGUGACGACGGAGGAGAGGAAGGGGUGGGGUUGAGGAGGGCGGUCCGCCCGUGGCCCAGCGGGGGCGCUCUAGGCGGGGAGUCACCGCGCACCUCCUCCACCUCCCCCUCCCCCUCCCUCCCUACCCACCGCCGGCGGCAACGCCAGGGGCCCCGCAACCGCUUUGUGGGCAAGGACGGGCGCUGCAACGUCACCUUCGUCAACAUGAGCGAGCGGGGCCAGCGCUACCUGACGGACCUGUUCACCACCUGUGUGGACGUCCGCUGGCGCUGGAUGCUCGUCAUCUUCACCCUCUCCUUCCUCCUCUCCUGGCUGCUCUUCGGCUUUGCCUUCUGGCUCAUCGCCUCCGCACACGGAGACCUGGCGCUGGCCUCCUCCUCUUCCUCCUCCUUCUCCUCCUCCUCCUCCUCUUCCUCCCACUCUCCUCCGGGCUCCUCGGUGCUGGGCUCGGGCAUCGACUUCGGCCCCGGCGGCUCCGGAGAGGUGGAUUCUGGGCCGGAGGAGCAGCCGGAGGUUGAGCCGUGCUUCCAGCAGGUCAACAGCUUCAUGGCGGCCUUCCUGUUGUCCCUGGAGACGCAAACGUCCAUCGGUUACGGCUUCCGGAGCGUCACCGAGGCCUGCCCCCUGGCGGUGAUGGCGGUCGUGCUGCAGUGCAUAGUGGGCUGCAUCAUCGACGCCUUCAUCAUUGGGGCGGUCAUGGCUAAGAUCGCCAAGCCCAAGAAGCGCAACGAGACGCUGAUCUUCUCCACCUCGGCCGUGGUAGCGCUGAGGGACGGCAAGCUCUGCAUGAUGUGGAGGGUGGGCAACCUGCGCCGGAGCCACCUGGUAGAGGCGCACGUCCGCGCACAUAUGCUCAAGCCGCGAGUGACCCCGGAGGGUGAGUACCUCCCCCUGGAGAACUUGGACAUCAACGUAGGUUUCGACAAUGGUACCGACCGCAUCUUCCUGGUGUCGCCGGUCACCAUCGUCCACGAGAUCGACGAGGAGAGCCCUUUCUUCGAGAUGGACCGCCAGACGCUGGAGAACGACUCCGACUUGGAGGUGGUGGUCAUCCUGGAGGGCAUGGUGGAGGCCACCGCCAUGACGACCCAGUGCCGCUCCUCCUACCUGGCCUCCGAGAUCCUCUGGGGUCACCGCUUUGAACCUGUGCUCUACGAGAGGAAGAACUGCUACCAGGUGGACUACGCCUACUUCCACCGCACGUACGAGAUCCCCAGCACGCCGUCCUGCAGUGCUAAGGACCUGGCGGAGAGACAGCACAUCAUGGACUCGCGCUCGUCUUUCUGCUACGAGAACGAAGUGGCCCUGCAGCUCUCCUCCGCGUCCCCCUCCCCCGAGCUGCGGCCCCCCUCUGCCACGCCCUCGGCCGCCCCCACACCCCCACCACGACGUGGCUCACGGGCCACCCCUGAACACCCGCACGCUCAGUGAACCUGGGGGGUGGGGGGCACAGGUGAUGGGUGGUGGGAACAAGAUUCAGAAAGGAAGAGAAAGAUGGAGAGGAGAGAAUGAGAGGAAGAGAGAGAGAAAGAGAGAGAGAGAGAGGAGUAAAGAAUAAGAGAAGAGGUGCAGUGAGGAUGGGGAGAAGAGAAGAAGAGAGGUGAUGAGGGAUGAGGGGAGAACAGUUGGGGGAGUAGUGAGGGAGAGAUGGCAGAGAGAAUAGAAGAGGAAAGAAAGAGGAGAGGAACGAGGAGAGGAGAAUAGACAGAACUGAGGAGAGGAGAGGAGAAUAGAUA